CAAGCUGUAGAGGAGGGGUUACACGAUGCAGCAUACGGCUCCGGCGGCAGCAGCAGAUUCAUGCAGCACUCUGGAGAGAAGGAGCAGCGCACGCGGCGUUGACGCAUUUUCUCUGCCUCAAGUAACCACAGAAUUAUAAUCCUCAAAUCCUCUGUAAGAUGUGUGGCUGCUUCACCUGUCCGUGUUGAGCGGCCGGCUGAGACCAAGGCAGAAUUCAACUUUAUAACAGCACAAGAACCAUUUUCAAUUUUUUAAUCUCAUUUUAUUUUAUUUUAAAGAAGAUAACUGCUCUUGCAGCUUUUAUUUUAAGAAGAGCAAUUAAACAAAAGGACAGACAGCGGGUCACACGAGAAGCAUGUCGUGCUAGCAGCUCCGCUGAGACUGAGGAAGGAACUAUCCCUUUUUCCUGAAGGCUUGAACCGGCUGGGCAUCUUUGAAGCAUGUCGCGCUGUACCAGCCGCCCCAGUCCGUUACCAUAGAGCAAUGGGAUGCUGGAAACUUGUCUGCUUCAUAUCCAGUUCCCCAAAUUACCCGGCUGUAAAUGGAGGAGGAUAUUGACACCCGCAAAAUUAACAGCAGUUUUCUGCGCGACCAUAACUAUGCAACUGAAGCCGAUAUUAUUUCUACGGUAGAAUUCAACAGCACAGGAGAACUGUUAGCGACAGGGGACAAGGGGGGUCGAGUUGUAAUAUUUCAGAGGGAGCAGGAGAGCAAAAAUCAGUCCCAUCGCAGAGGGGAGUAUAAUGUUUACAGCACUUUCCAGAGCCAUGAACCAGAGUUUGACUAUCUGAAGAGUCUUGAGAUCGAGGAGAAGAUAAAUAAAAUCAGGUGGCUGCCUCAGCAGAAUGCAGCCUACUUUCUUCUCUCAACCAAUGAUAAGACGGUUAAACUGUGGAAGAUCAGUGAGCGGGACAAGAGGCCGGAAGGAUACAACCUGAAGGAUGAAGAUGGUAGAAUCAAAGACCCCUCCACAAUCACUACCCUGCGAGUGCCGGUGCUGAGACCCAUGGACCUAAUGGUGGAGGCCAGUCCGAGGAGAGUGUUUGCCAAUGCUCACACGUAUCACAUCAACUCCAUUUCCGUUAACAGCGACUAUGAAACCUACAUGUCAGCUGAUGACUUGAGGAUAAACCUUUGGCACCUUGAGAUUACCAACCGGAGUUUCAAUAUUGUAGAUAUAAAGCCUGCCAACAUGGAGGAGUUGACCGAGGUGAUCACAGCAGCAGAAUUCCACCCGCACCAGUGUAAUAUGUUUGUGUACAGCAGCAGUAAAGGAACAAUCCGACUGUGUGACAUGCGGGCAUCAGCACUGUGCGACAAGCAUUCAAAGCUUUUUGAAGAGCCAGAAGACCCCAGCAAUCGGUCGUUCUUCUCCGAGAUCAUCUCCUCGAUAUCGGACGUGAAGUUCAGCCAUAGUGGAAGAUAUAUGAUGACAAGGGAUUACCUCACCGUCAAAGUCUGGGACUUGAACAUGGAGAACAGACCGUUGGAAACAUAUCAGGUGCAUGAAUACCUGAGGAGUAAGCUGUGUUCCCUCUAUGAAAAUGACUGCAUCUUUGACAAGUUUGAGUGUGUAUGGAAUGGCUCUGACAGUGUGAUCAUGACUGGCUCGUACAACAACUUCUUCAGGAUGUUUGAUCGCAACACGAAGCGGGACGUCACGCUGGAAGCUUCGCGGGAAAACAGCAAGCCUCGAGCUAUCCUCAAACCCCGUAAAGUGUGCAUGGGUGGCAAGAGGAAGAAAGACGAAAUUAGUGUCGACAGUUUGGACUUCAGUAAGAAGAUUCUGCACACAGCAUGGCACCCUUCAGAGAACAUAAUAGCAGUGGCCGCCACAAACAACCUCUAUAUAUUCCAGGACAAAGUGAACUAGAACAUUGGUCUGACUGGUCACCUUAGCACUGCAUACAAUUAGACAUCAAAUUAUUAUUUUUUAAAGGAAAACCUGCCCUUUGGAAUUUAACCCCAAGUCUCUGUCAGGUUAUCUGUCUUAAUGCAACUGUGGGGUGCCUUUUGGUGUGUGGAUACAGAACUCCUAAGAUGCAUCUGUUCUAGAACAAAUGGUUUCUGUUUGUUAGACAUUGAAUUUCCAUCAACUUCUUCUGGCUUUUAAGGGUGUAAAUAUUCAACACUGAUUUGUAUAUUUUCUUUUAUUUUCCUCACGGAAAUGGGGAUAAGGUUUUAUGUUCUGUAUGUUUUCUUGUCAGCUGUCAAUGCCUUGGAUACGAUAUCCAAAUAACUUAUUUGCACCUAUUGACGGCUGCUUCUAGACAGCAUCACAUUUAAAAUAUAUGUUUAUAGUUUUUAUUUUUAUUUUUUCCCCAUAAAAUGCACCCUCCGGUUUCUACGCAUACUAGGAUUGGGAGUGAUUUUGUGUGAUGGCCAGCGUACUAUAAUGAAUAGAGUUAAAGAAAUCAGGGAAUUUUCAAACACAAUUCCUUUAAGAGAAGUCUCUCGUACUUGUGAAUGGACCCGAGAAGUUUUGUAGCUCAGUAUACAAAAGAAUGACUUGCGUUGUUGAACAAGCAAACUAGAAAGCAUUUAACUAUACUAAUGCCAAUUUGAAAAUUUAAUUGUAGAUUUUUAAAGCCCUGAGGCUCUCAAGGCUUUUGUAGGUAGAGUUUUUCAAGUUUUACAGCUCUUAUGAUGGGAGUAAUUGCAUAAUAAUAAUGACUGAACAAAUGUUACUUUUAAAUUGUAUCCUGAUCAUGUCAAAUCUCAAAAUUGUCUUUCCACCCCAACCUCAACUUCUCAACGGCAGGACGUUAAGUUCUGGUAAUUGAUUUAUUUGUGAAGCCAUGUGAUGAUAAUGUCCUGGCAGUUUGCACAAUUUCCUUGCUUUGAUACUUGUAGAGCUAGACAUAGAAUGUGGAGUUCUGUUUCUUGUACUUAAAACCAGCAAUAUUUAUUUAGACUGACUCUACAGCAGAAUAAAGCUCUAUCCUGCCCUUGAUAUAUUGCUGCAAGAUGUGACUGGAUGUGGAGGGUUUAUGACCAAACAUCAAAAUGUUACUUGCCUCAUGCUUUUGCCGUGGUGUUUGAAGUUUAAGAAGGUUUAUUGCUUUUACCAUGUAGCUCGAUAGAUAAAGAGAGUGGGAUAUUCAGCCCGACAAAUAAGAAAGGGUCUUCUCUUGGUUUGUCUUGAUCUAAUCUACAUCCACCACAAGUCAGUUGCUGCCCUUUCCCCAUCUCCUGCCCCUGGAUUAGGGGAUGGGGUUAAAAUAAAUCCUAAAAGGCUAAUUAAUGUUCAGUGAAUGGUAACCCUUCAUAGAAGCUAAAGAAAGGGACACAAGCCAAAACUAGCCUUGAAGCCAUGGGACACAUGGGUGGGGCCUGAGGGCAGGAUCAGACUCUGCAGAGCUUGCCAGCAUUUGCUUAGGUUCCAUCACAAAGAAUUCAUGAAGGAACUGGGGUAGGGCGCGAGUGGAUUUGAAGUUAAUCAUGGUUAAUAAUGUUUUGCAAAGACUGGACCAUCCACCUACUGAGUGAUGUCAGCUCCUCACCCUCACUUUUUAUCCCAUUUCACUUUGGGUGAUGAUGGGUAUGUUGCACUUCACCUCAGUCAGCCUUCCACAUCCAGUCAUUCAAUAACUAGCCAGGGUGGGAAUCUGGAUCAAAUAUUGAUUUUGACAUUCUCACCCUCCCCCUCCCCGCCCACCACAAUGCCAUCUGGAAGGGCACCAAAGCCGACUGAAGCAUGAGGAUCAGUUCUCACUGAUUAGCACAGAUCGGAUUGAACUUGAAGAUACUGAUUUCCAUCAGAAAGGUAAUGGAAGUAGGAAGAAAUAGAACGUGUUGUUCACUCGGUGAUCUGUGUCGGAAAACAGAUCUCAUUAAGCUAUUUAUUUCAGGGUAUCCUAGUAGAAAAUGCACUACCCACAGGAUGGAAAAUGAUAGCAAUAGUUUUCCCGCCAAUUUUCCGCAAUCCAGUAGCAUGAUUGGCCACUAUUCCGCAUAGCCAUGCUUGCCCAACUGUGACCAUUUCAGGGUUAGAUGCACAUCAAAUUACAGCCUUCCCCACACUGAAUUAUUUUUGGAGAAUUGCAAUGGAAAUUGGAUCAUGUUAUCCCAGGAUACUGAUAACCUUCAAUGGGCAAUGCGGUUUUUGCGGCACACGUAUAGGUUGGGAGUCCACCAAGGUAAAUACCAUCCGCAAUCAUUUAUCCUUUGCCACCUUCCUUCCAUUGCCCAAUUAGUCCAGGCUUUGUACAACCAAUAUCCCAAGGGAUUCCCCUUUCUGGAAUUCCUCUUGUCCAAAUGCUAACCAAGACUAAGGCGCCAGUCCCAAUCAUCUGUGGUUGAGUUUGACCACAGCUCAUCUAACCCAUUGUAUGGCCCCUCACCAAUUGACCCCUUGCCUUCCAUCCCCUUCUCCAAAGAUCAGACUCUUACCUGAUCACUAACCUGGCCAUCGGGCCGAAAUCUCAAUAUUAAGCAUCCACAAGGUCUUGGGGUUUGGGAUUACAAAUGGUAGCAACAGGAGUUGCAUGACCAAGUGAAUCAUUAGCAGGCAAUGCCAGGACCAGACAACACAUCCAUAAUAGCAAUUAGAAUGUCAAAGAUCCUUUGAGUGAGGCUUUGGUGCCAGAUUUGACCAUGGUGGUGUUCAUAUGAGGCAGGAUUACUCAAACCACAGGUUUGCAUGGCAUAAAGAGUUCAUUCUGCAAGUCAUCUCUUGUCUUAAUCCCUCUUGAGUCCUUUUCACUCCGCCUACUAUAUGAGACCAUUAUCUAUGUGGUUUCAUUAUCAUAUAUUCACUUCCUUUGCUACCCAUUCUCAAUCAUAAUUUGAGGAGAUAUUCCAUUUUCUACCAACUGGUCUUAAGAAGAAAUCUCUGAACUUCACCUUUUAUUCUGUUUAGCUUCAGACCAAUUGGAAAUGGCAUUCUACCAUUCACCUAAUUUUUAAAAAGAUAUUAGUUUUGGUCCACUAGUCGAUGCUGGUGAAAACUGUUUAGAGAAACAGAUGAGAAAUUGAAUAUUAAAGCUGACCACUGGCUUUGUUAGGACACCAAAGUUAGUGCCCUUGUGUCUUUUAAGUAGUGUCUUUAAACCAACACCAUUUAGAUCCUGAAAAUGUGGUAUGAAGACUCAAAGAAAUUUGUCCUCUAAUUAUUGCCAAAAGUUCCUUCUGAACUUAUUGGACUGAGUACAAGAUUGGAACAAGCUCAAAUUAGCUUCUGGAGUCACAUUCACAAAUCCCCCCAAAAAGCAGACCUCGAUUUCAGGGACCACUGUCAAAGGAUACUGUGCCCACGUAUAUCCAGAGACAGCACAACAGAUUGCAGAACCAAGACACAAGGCAGCUAGCUGUCCGUCUUUUAACUAAUCAAUGGAAGAGACGCCAGAGCUGGUGUUUGAUGCCAUGUACUUGUUUCUAUAUGUGUACAUUUAAAAGAACGAGGGGUUGGUGGGGGAGCUGGACAAUUUCAGUAUUUCCUUUUUAAAAAAAAAACAAAAGACGAGUGAAUUUGCAGUAAAUGAUUCUGUUCUGUAUUACAAUGUUUUUUAUUGCAUGCUAAUUGCCAUGCCCUUUUUUGAUGGGGAAGUUGGUGGGGGGGGGGAGGGGAGAAGAAGUAGGGUAAAAGUGGGGAGGGUUGUCAUGGAUGUGACUAAGGUAUCACCCCGAGCUUUAGGACAUGCUGUGGCUGUUUUGUGUUAGGGGCUUGACCGCCUGAUAAAAGUGCUUUAUAUAUUGGGAAGGGACGGGCAGGUGGCACUGGCUCUUUAUUGUAUGGGUCAAACAAUUCAGCUGAUGUACCUUUGUCCUUGUUACUGUCUGCUUUUUUCUUAAAGAAUAAACUGCAGCUAAGGCUGCUUCAUGAA